GGAAAAGAGAGAUGAACAUGGAAGAGGAGAAAUAGCAGCUGAACUCUGCCAAGUCUCUUUAAUACAGUCUAUGAUUUUAUUUAGCUUUUAUUGUGAAGGGUCAAGCCGGAAGUGCUGACGUUUCAGCUGUAGGUGACACAUUCAGAAAUCGUUAAGUGUCCCGUUAGUCCCGCUACAGUGAAGUUAAAGUGAUGUUUAAUCUUCAGGUGACUUCAACAACUAUGCAGCUUCUUGCUCUCGCGUGUCUCUGUCUGCUGACUCGGUCUGGAACAACGUUUGCUGAUGAACACGAGCCAGUGACCAUCAAAGUGAAUAAAAUGAGUGAUGUUAUUUUACCCUGUUCCCUCGGCACCAACGAGGACAUCGAGUCAAAACUCUUUGUUUGGAAGAAAAGUGGGCAGAAGGCCGUGUUCUACUAUGAUGAACAUGAUGGGUUUGGUUUAGGACGGUUCAAAGGUCGCGUCUCACAUUUUCCAGAUGGACUAAAAUACGGCAACGCCUCCAUCAUCAUCAGAUACACAAAGUUGUCUGACAGUGGAAACUACACCUGUGAUUUUCCACGUCUUCAGCCAAGACAAAAAUUCCACAUUCAGCUUAUUGUUGAGCCACUGAUCCCUCACAGUGAAAAAAGGGAGAGAUGUUGUUUUACCCUGUUCCCUCAGGAGCAAGGAGAACAUUGAGUUCAAACGCUUUGACUGGAAGAAAGAUGGUCAGAAGAAGGUCUUCCUGUAUGAUGUAGGAACUCAUUACAAUAACGGUCGUGCAGGUCAAGCAUGGCAGUUCAAAGGUCGCGUCUCACAUUUUCCAGAUGAACUGAAGUACGGCAACGCCUCCAUCACCAUCAGAAAUACAAAGAUACAGCAGUUAUUGUCACCUGGCAUAGAUGUAUGUGGAGAAAAGAGGUAGAAGAAAAGAAGCAACUUGGGUGGAGGAUGAGAAGACGAUAUACGAGAAAACGACAUAAAGGAGGAGAGCCAGUGACCAUCAAAGUGAAUAAAAUGAGUGAUGUUAUUUUACCCUGUUCCCUCGGCACCAACGAGGACAUCGAGUCAAAACUCUUUGUUUGGAAGAAAGGUGGGAAGAAGCGCGUGUUCUACUAUGAUGAACAUGAUGGGUUUGGUUUAGGACGGUUCAAAGGUCGCGUCUCACAUUUUCCAGAUGGACUAAAAUACGGCAACGCCUCCAUCAUCAUCAGAAACACAAAGUUGUCUGACAGUGGAAACUACAUCUGUGAUUUUCCACGUCUUCAGCCAAGACAAAAAUUCCACAUUCAGCUUGUUGUUGAGCCACUGAUCUUCACAGUGAAAAAAGGGAGAGAUGUUGUUUUACCCUGUUCCCUCAGUAGCAAGGAGAACAUUGAGUUCAAACGCUUUGACUGGAAGAAAGAUGGUCAGAAGAAGGUCUUCCUGUAUGAUGUAGGAACUCAUUACAAUAACGGUCGUGCAGGUCAAGCAUGGCAGUUCAAAGGUCGCGUCUCACAUUUUCCAGAUGAACUGAAGUACGGCAACGCCUCCAUCACCAUCAGAAAUACAAAGGUGAUUGACAGUGGAAACUACACCUGUGAUUUUCCUGAUCUUCAGUCAAGUCAAAUAAUCAACAUUCAGCUUGUUGUUGUUGUUGUUGUUGUUGGUGGUGAGUGCUUUCAUUAAACCGCUCGUUAACUGAUGUGACUGGGAAACUGGUUAUAAACCACUUUACCAAUCACCUCUGCACCUAUUUAGAUACAGCAGGUAUUGUCACCUGGUGGCCUGCGGGCAAUAUUCUGCCCGCCAAAGCUUCCCAUCCGGCCUGCAAAAUGUGGCUACAGAUGAAGUAUUGCAACAAUUAUAUCUUUACAAUAUUAGGAAGUGUGCAUCUGUGGGGAAAUACCUGGGAAAAUGUUGUAUUAAGUUACCGCUAAUGCAAACUGAACAUUUCCUACAGCUGAUGCUUCACAAUAAAAGCAUUGA